UCAGUGCAGAACGAAUUGUUUGCAACCUCAUUCAGUGUCUUUGGUCCCCGGCUAUGUUAAAAAUGAAUCUCUUGAGUUUCUUCAGCCAUUCAUAAGACGUCUUCUUGGUGCAAAAUAUAUUUAUUUAUUUAUAUAUAUUAUUUUCAAGAAAAAGAUUGUUUAUUAAAUAAAACAUUUCGAGGAACUUGUUGCACCCAGCUAUCGAAUGCUAGCAGAGCUAGAUAAAGCUUAACAAUGGGGCCUAUACCACUGUUACUUCUGCUUUCCUUUGUUGUCUCUGGAGUCGAAUCUGAACAGGAUUAUACUUGGCACUUAAGAAAAGUACCACAAGUGUUGAACAAGAGAACUGUCACCCUCAGUAGCCCAGAAUUCAAAGCCGAAGCCAAGCCAGCGUUAAAUGGAACCUGCGGGAUUGAGUGCCAGAGCCGACUGCCGCUGGCAAGUGUAUCUGACCUUGAGAACUUCCUUUCAUACGAGACUGUUUAUGAGAACGGCACUCGUACCUCCACAGAAGUGUACUUCAGGGACUUUGAUGUGCAGGCAGAGCAUGAGGUCAUGAAGGACGCUCAUUCACGGGUGAAAAGACAAGUCUAUGGCAUGGAUAGCAGAUUCAGUAUAUCCAACAAGCAGUUUGUGACCAAUUACCCUUUCUCUACAACAGUUAAAGUCUCCACAGGCUGCACAGGGAUCCUCAUAUCCCCAAAGCACGUUCUCACAGCGGCACACUGCAUCCACAACGGGAAAGACUACGUCAAAGGUGCCAAGAAGCUGAGGGUAGGGGUUCUGAAACUGAGGUCCAAACGUGGUGGCAGAAAGAGGAAAGGAUCCAAGAGGAACAAAAGGGCCACGGAGGUGAAGCCAUCAUUCCAGUGGACUCGAGUCAAGCGCACCCAGUUGCCAAAAGGAUGGUUUAGAGGAGUAACAGAUGACGUGGCGGUGGAUUAUGACUAUGCUGUCCUGGAACUAAAGCGGCCGCAGAAGAAGAAAUUCAUGGAACUUGGAAUCAGUCCCACAGUAAAGAAAUUGCCAGGUAGCCGGAUCCACUUUUCGGGGUUUGAUGACGACAGACCAGGGGAGUUGGUGUAUCGCUUCUGCAGCGUCUCAGAUGAGUCCAACGACCUGAUGUAUCAGUACUGCGACGCUCAGCCUGGCUCCAGUGGCUCAGGAAUCUACAUCCGCCUAAAGGAAGCAGAAAAGAAGAAGUGGAAGAGGAAGAUCAUUGGGAUUUUCUCUGGUCACCAGUGGGUGGACGUAAAUGGUGUGCAGAAGGAUUAUAACGUGGCCGUACGGAUAACCCCUCUGAAGUAUGCCCAGAUCUGUUUCUGGAUACACGGAAACUCUGCGGACUGCCAAUAUGGUUGAUGAAAACCUAAUAGGACCAGCGCUUACGAUACAUUAAAAAACCUGUACUGAUAUUGGAUUUAUAAGAAAAGAGAAUUGAAAAACGUGUUAAAUACACAUCUAGGAUCUCUAAACUUUGGUUUAGAUGCUUUUUAAAUCUUUUUGAAACAUAUAUUUAUAAGUGACAAGGGGGCAAAUCAGAAGCUUAAUGAUAAACUGAUUAAAUUAGAUUUUCCUAAAGAAAUACAUCCUUUAAAGCACAGGAGUACAAAUCUGGUUUGAGAAACCAGCCAUACAUUCAGUGAAAUUUUGUUUUAAGUAAUUAUUUUCAUCUUUGUUGAGGUGCAAAAGUAUGUUUUAUUGGAGUAGCUGUUAAAUCCCCCCCCCCCAACCCACCCACACACUUCCCUAAAAGCUGGUGCUAAAGUGUUCCUUUUAAUGAAAUUGCUACCUUCUAUAAAUUGUCAAAAACGGGACCAAAUUAAAUAUUAAAUGAAAAUUUGUGUUCUGUCUCGAAAUUGUACAUGUUUCAGUUCUUUAGUUUUGUUUUUGUUGUUGUUUUUUUAUGUAUUAAAGGGGAAAAUAGUGCUUUAUCAAUGUACUUUAAAAUCAUGGUGCUUUUUGAUGUGUCUAAUUUAAAAGAUGGCAUGUUUAGGGUGCUAAUUUAAUUAUAAUGUGUACAAAUUAAGAGGGACCUAUCAGAAUAUAAUAUUAAAUAAUUUAGUAUUGCUAUAUUUAACGUGCUGAUCUAUUGAAUGAAUGGGUUUGGUAAUUCAAUAAAAUAAAGCAAUUUGUUUCAAGUAGGGUUUUUAAAAAGAGGUGAUGAAAAGAACCUCCACAUUUACCUUUGUAUCAUUGAUAUGUGUCCUGUUCCCACACGCAACAACAACAACAAAAAAGGUAUGUAUUGUAAGAAAUAUGUGUCCAUGUAAUAUAAUGUUUAGUUUUAAAGAAGUAGCUUUUGGUUGUUUGCCUUAAAUACAAAAAUCUGUCUCUUUUAAUCUACACAGUGAUUUGUUGUAUCUGUGUACUACCAAAGUGUGGCAUUAAAAAGUAAAUAAAA